AUGGCUUUGGGUUCGGAAAAUAUGAUGUACCACCACCAGUCGGCAACGACAGCCACCAAAUUCCAAUAUCAAAAACAAGUACUGCACACACCACCCCGAGAAGUGUUGAGGACACGUAAUGUAAACCAAAGAUCUCUUGCACCUGCCCCCUACAACAAACCUGCGACGAAAAGUGAGGGCACCACAUUGGACUCGAACAAUCCCUCCGUCAUUCGCCGCAAUGCCCGUGAACGUAAUCGUGUUAAACAAGUCAACGAUGGCUUCACUCAUCUACGCCACCACAUUCCCACCGCCAUCAUUGCUGAGAUUAGCAAUGGUCGUCGCGGUAUUGGACCUGGCGCCGAUAAAAAACUCAGCAAAGUCGAUACUUUACGCAUGGCUGCCGAAUAUAUUCGCCGUCUCAAGAAGCUAAUUGAUGAUGUUGACAGCAGUAGUGAUAGCUCCAGUGUAUCUUCGUAUGGUUCCCUCUCAGCUGCCUCGCCAUCGUACAGCUCCUCAUCCAACAGUGGCUCACCACCUCCAGCACCGUUACACCAACAACAAACAUCCAAUGCUCCACAAUUGAACAACAUGUACUACCAACAACAAACUCAAUUCUAUACUCAGCCUCAUCACCCAUCGUUGAGCUAUGCCGGCAGUUUCCAGCAACACAAUCUCAUUUCACCCGCCAAUUCGACCAGCUCCUCCACAUACUCCGCCGAAUUGUAUCCGCAACAGCAAUCACCGCAACACUAUCAAUCAUCGGGUUUCGAAUAUGCCAAUAAUAUUACACCAGCCACAACGCCAAUUAAAUUCGAACCAGUCUCAUUCGAGGACUACAAUCACAACAGCAAUAGCUCAUCAUCGGCUGAGGAUGAGGAGCUUUUGGACUACAUUUCACUGUGGCAGGAUGAGUAA